AUGAAAAUUCGAGCCUAUUUGAAGCACCUUUAUAAAGCUGGAAUUACAUCCCAGGGCUUUGUGCUUUUAAUUUUUGCUACUGUCGGAGAUGCUCAGACACUUUUAAAGCACAGGAUCCCUGAGGCUGGGGAAGCCUCCAGGGUCACGGAGCCCGAGCAGAGCCCGAUCCCCGCCGCGUCCCCAGCCCUGGAGCCACCUCCAGCUCUUCCUGCAGGGACGGGGACCCCAAACCGCCCUGGGCAGGCGGAUUUACCCCCUGACAGCCAUUCCUUGGACAGCAAAAGCCAUGACUUCAGUGUGAGAUUGGAGAGAGUUCUGGGGCUGAACGGUGGCAAAAGUGUGUGUGAUAUUCUCUGUUUUUCUCCACAGGAGGUGAAUGUUGAAUUUGAAGCACAUUCCAUAUCAGACAAUGACUAUAAUGGGAUAAAGAAGUUACUACAGCAGUUGUUUCUAAAAGCUCCUGUUAACACUGCUGAAUUAACUGAUAUAUUAAUACAACAGAACCAUAUUGGGAGUAUUAUCAAGCAAGCAGAAGUGCAGGAAGACAGUUCUGAUGAUGAAGAAGAUGAUGAUGAAGUAUUUGGUUUUAUAAGCUGCUUGAACUUAACAGAAAGGAAGGGCACGCAGUGUGCUGAGCAGAUCAAAGAGCUGCUCCUGGGGCGCUGUGAGCAGAGCUGUGAGCAGCAGGUGCUGGAGCAGCUCAGCAAACUCCUCAGUGACAGCACCAAGCCUGUGGGGCUCAUCCUGAGCGAGAGGUUCAUCAAUGUCCCCCCUCAGAUUGCUCUGCCCAUGCACCAGCAGCUCCAGAAGGAGCUGGCUGAGGCCCAGAGGACAAACAAACCCUGUGGGAAGUGCCACUAUUACCUCCUCAUCAGCAAGACCUUCACAGAAGCCACAAAGAGCAAUUCUAAGAGGAAAGAAGGGAAGAAUCAGCCAAAGGAGGAAUUGAUGUUUGCAAAUGCAGAGGAAGAAUUCUUUCAUGAGAAAGCCCUUCUGAAAUUCAGCUACUGUGUGCAAGAGGAAAGCGACUCCUGCCUGGGAGGCAGAUGGUCCUUUGAUGAUGUGCCCAUGAAGCCCCUCAGGACAGUUCUUGUAGUUCCAGCUGAUGGAAUCCCUGGAAUUAUGGAAAAACUCAAAGAUUAUCUCUCCCUCUGAGCUCCCCUACAAUCCCCAGGUUUUUACAGAGCAGCCAUGCAGGACUGUGAGCUCAGAGUAUUUGCAGAGCUGCUGUUGGGUCAACGGUUUUGUACAACUAAAAACAUCCACCAAAUGAAUAUUUUUAAAUACUGGAUCUUAUUUUACUUUGAUAUCAUCAUGGAGCAGUCAAUAAAAACCCAGUGUCAAGAGAAAACCUGAA